AUGGCUUUAAAGUAUCACCCUGACCGAAAUCAUGGUAAACAAGAGUCUGGAUCUUCUAACAAAUUUAGUUCAGAUGCUGAAUUUGAAAAGUUUAAAGAAAUGUUUGAAGAGGUAGAAAGGGAAUUUAAGGAGACAAAAAGGGAAUUUUAUGAGUAUAAAGAAAAUAAAAAACAGGAAGACAAAGCAGCUCGAAGUAAAGCUAUACGGGAUAUUGAAGAAGCUCUGACCUUAUCUAAUGUAUCUAUUUCUGAGUUGGAUUCUAGUUUAUGGUCUCCUUAUAGUGAUAUGAGGAUUGAUAUCAAUAGGGCAAAGCGAGCGAAAAUCAAUAAUAGUGGUUCUGGACAAAGGGGUUACACUCAUGGCAGUUAUUCAGAGGAAAGUCACGAUAAUCGAGGAAGGUAUGGUGAUUAUGAUAAACCUCUGCCAAACUUUUCGGAUAGAAACUUUUCUCCAUGUCUGUCUGGAUUUACUUCCAAGUCAGAAAAACAAAAAUGUCGGCAGGAGAUUGCUGAAUUAGAAGGAAGAUUGAAAGAAUUGCAGAAAGAAGACAAUUCUAAUCAACCUAAUUUUAGUGGUUCAAGUAGUUAUAGUAAUGAUAGUGAUAAUAAAAAUGAAACAAUAGAACAAUUGAAAGCCAAAAUCGAACAGUCGAAAAAUAAUAAAAGAUGA